AUGUUUUUUAGAUUAAGACAAAAUCAUGCUAACAAUGUAGUUUUCCUAUGCAUUUUACUAAUCACGGGCGGUAUGAUACUUGAAAUUAAAGUGUUUUAUUUGAAGCACCAAAAACAUUUACGUUUGGAGGACUAUAAUAAACAAAUGGAUGCUAUAAUAGAUACAACCAGUAUGGUGGAAAAAGGAGCAAAACGUACAUCAAUCUUGUUAAACCGUUUAACAGCUUUAAUCGAAUCUCGAAAGGAUAUCAUCAAGCCAAAUAAUGUAAAUUAA